CGUGACUGAGCUGCAGCUGGCCCCGGCUCCACCGAUGGCAUAUGUCCACCUUUUCUAUGAGCUGUAUAUAAGAGAUCAAUGACUCUCAACCCUCUCCCAAUCACACGUAAAUAUGAGUCUCUGCAAAGACUGUAUUCAAGGCGUACGCCAUGAGGGUGAGCCUCAAGGAAAGCUCGAGACUAUCGACGGUGUCGCUUGCUACGUCGCUACCCCCACUGUUGACUAUCCCAAGGACAAAGUCAUCCUCUUCCUGCCAGAUGUCUUCGGUAUCGAGCUCAUUAAUGCCAAGCUCCUCGCUGAUGAUUUUGCAACCAACGGCUUCAAGGUCAUCGUGGUCGACUACUUCAACGGCGAUGCUAUUUCCGAUGAAGAUAUGAACUCUCCCUCGUUUGAUAUCAAGGCAUGGUUCGCUAAGCACGGUACCGAACAGACACGCCCACCCCUCGAUAAGGUUAUUGCCAAGCUCAAAGAGGAAGGCGUCACCAAGUUUGGCGCAACUGGCUACUGUUUCGGCGGUCGUUACACUUUUGACCUUGCAUUUGAAAACAUCAUCCAGUGCACCGUAGUUUCCCACCCCUCUUUCUUGAGGAUCCCCGACGACCUCGAGAGGUACUUUAACGACUCACAGGCGCCUCUCCUAAUCAACUCUUGCGAAAUUGAUCAGAUGUUCCCUAUCGCAGCUCAAGCAAAGGCUGAUGAAAUCCUUGGGAAUGGGAAGUUCACCCCAGGGUACAAGCGCGAGUAUUUCCCUGGUUGCACGCACGGGUUUGCUGUACGUGGGGAUAUGAAAGACCCGCUGGUUAAAGCUGGGAAGGAGGGCUCGUUUAAGGCUGCCGUGGGGUUCUUCCAGGAGCACCUGUGAGGAGUCUUGUUGUUGCAACGUUAUGGAGUCUCCGUAUGAACGUCGUAUGAUAUACCGCAGUUGUAGCCACGUCGUUAACUAUGCCAGCAAUAUCCACGCGUCAUACA